AUGGAUGAAAAUGCAAAUUUAAAUUCAAAAAAUGAAGAUGGAGCAGCUGCACCUGAAGUUGUUGACGAGCCUCAUGUCGAUGUUGACAGUAAUAAUGAUUCACUUACAAUUGAGAAAAAAUUACGUGUUCAAGAUUUUAAUUUACUUCAUGAACGAUUUAAUCGUGCAGUAGUUGAUGUUUCUGAUGAAUUCAAUGAUACAUUAGCCGGUUCAUUAAAUAAACAAGAAUUUUUUGAUUCAUUUGAAUCUCUAUUAGAUUUACAUCAAUACGGAAAUCAAUUAGAGAAAUUAUUUGAUAAACUCAAUUCAAAAGAAACUGGAUUGAUUAAUUGGAAUGAUUUUUGUACAUAUAUGCUUCAAUUUUAUCAAGAAGAAGAUUAUGCAAAUGCUCUUCGUACAUCACCAUUUAAUAGUGAACCAAAAAUUCGACAUGUACCUCAUAAUAAAUUAGAAUUAACAGCAAAAGUUCUUCAUAUAGAAAAUCCAGUUAAAUUUAUUAAUAUAAGUAAAGAAGGUUAUUUAGGUUUAUGGACAACUAAUCUUAAUCUUGAAAAAACUUAUUCAGCUGCUGAAGAACUUGAUGAAGGAACAAAUAAUAAUACAGGUGGAGGUGGACAAACUCGUCGUAAAGCAGGAAUGUGGAUCACGGAUGCUGUUUAUAUGCCAGAUGCACAUAAAUUAGUAUUAGCAUCGACUAGUAGAGAUUUACGUUUUUUUACUAUUUCAACUGAAAUAUUUCUUGAAGAAUUUGUUAUAUUUGGAGUUAAAGAUGUACCAACAUGUCUUGAUUAUUAUCCAAGCCGUUCGAAUGAAAACACUGAAUCUACUUUAAUAUUUGGUGAUGAUUGUGGUUCUAUUCAUAUAUUAUAUUUUAAACGUCCAACUACUUAUCUAUUUGAUCCAGCACGAAAAAAAACAGAUUCAUCAAAAUCUGAUAAAUCAGCAACAAAUAAUAUUCAACGAAUAUUUUGGGAUGAAUUAAAAGAUCAUGAUAAAUUUGUUCGAUAUCAUAGCAUGGGUGCUAUUCAUCAAGAAUAUGUUCGUAAAAUUCUUUAUGUACCUCAUAAUAAUUCAAUAAUUGCAUCAAGUGGAGAUAGUCGAAAUUCUCUAGUUAUUAUUACUAUAAAUAAAAUAAAGAAACCAUAUGUCUUUCGAUCAUAUAAAGGAUGUGAAUGUUUUGAUUAUAGUAGAGAUUUAAAUAUUUUAAUAACUGGUGGUGCUGAUUAUCUUGCACGUAUUUGGAAUCCAUAUGUAACACAAAAAAAUACAGCUAUUUUAGAAGGACAUCAUGCAGCAGUUAUUGAUGUUAGAAUCAAUGAACGUGUAUCACAAUGUUAUACCUUUAGUAAAGAUGCUGUAAUUAAAGCUUGGGAUUUAAAAGAAUUAUUUUGUCUUCAAACAAUUCCUGUACGAUUUCCAAGUACAUUAGGUGGGAAAACGCCAAGUUUUGGUUUAUUUCCAAUGGAUUUAUAUUUAAAUCGAUCAAGUUUUCAGGAUACAAGUUUACCUGGUGGUUUAGUUUUAGCAUGCAAUGAUUAUUUAUGUUUAAUGAAAUUGGGACAAGAUACAUCUAAAGAUCAAAAUCUAGUUGAAACACAUACAGCACCAAUUAGUUGUGCUGUAUAUAAUCCUAAACUUAAACAUUUAAUAACAUGUGCGGAUAAUUCAAGUAUAGGUGCUUGGGAUAUUGAAUCUGGUCGUAAAGCUUAUCUUGUACUUGAUGCACAUGAUGGUGAAGAAAUAACUUGUAUUGCUAUUGAUCGACAAUGUCGAAAGCUUGCAACUGGUGCUCGAAAUGGUGUUGUUAAAAUUUGGAAUAGUGCUAAUGGUCAAAGUCUUCAUGUAUUACCAAGUGUCGAAGAUGCUGAAAUAACAGGCAUCGUUUUUGCUGAUAAAGGUAUUAUAACAGUUGGAUGGUCAAGAAAAAUUGUUAAAUAUGCACAUUUUAUAUCUGAUCUUGUUAUACCAAAAGCUGAUUUAACAUGGCGUGGUUCACAAAUACAUCGUGAUGAUAUAUUAUGUUUAGAACAUUUAUUACCAGUUAAUAAUUUAAUGUGUACAGCUUCAUAUGAUGGUGAAAUUAAUGUAUGGAGUAUUGAUACUGAAAAAUUAAUUAUGUGUUUACGUAAAGCACCAAAAGCUGAACCUCGUCGUGAACCAUCGAAUUAUCGUCGAUCAGCAUCACAUCGUUCAAUAAUACGUGGUCCAACACCAGUUGAUAAACUACUUUUUCUUAAACAUCGUGCUAAAGAAAAUAUGAGAUUAGGCACUUUAAUUUCAAGUGAAGCUGGUAAUCUUCAUUGGUGGUCACUUUAUAAUGAACGUAAAGAUAUGGGAAUAUUUUAUGGUGCAUCAAAACCAGGUGAAUCAAUAUUAGCUAUGUGUAGUGAUGCAACCAAUCGAUAUCUUAUGUGUGGUGAUACUCUUGGUGAAAUGCGUGUUUGGAAUAUUGAAGAUUAUUGUUGUACAAUAGCAUCAUUUGUUUCAUAUGAAACAAAAUCACCACCACUUUUAUAUUCUUGGCAAGCACAUGAAACGCCAAUUAUUUUUUGUGAAUGGACAGAUUAUAAAGGACAAGGAGAUUUUAUAUUAACUGCAUCAACUGAUCGUACAGCAUGUUUAUGGACAUUAAAUGGAGAAAAAAUUGGAAUAUUUGGACAAAAACAACUUUGGGAUAUUGAAACAAUUGUUUUAACAAGAAUACCAAAUGAAGAUGAACAAAAUAGAGAAGAAAAUAUUAACACUAAUGAAAAUAGUUCGAAUGAAGUAAAAUCAACAACAACAAAUAAAACUAAUUUACUACUACCGGAAAUUACAGUAAGCAAUGAUGAAAAAAAUGAACGAUCACUACCACCAUUAGCUAAUCAAAAUUCCAAAGUCACCAAAACCCCUGAAAUAAGUGAAUCUGCAUCGCAAAAUUCAACAUUACCAGCACGUACUUCUGGACUUGGUUUAUCAGUUGAACGAGGAUUAAAUCAACAAAAAUUAAAACGACAAGAACGACGUCAUCGUUUUAGUGAUAUUGAUGCUAGACAUUUAGCUAAAGGCGGUGUAUGUUUUACUCCAUUCGCUUUACUUUCAACUCAAGAUAUUGAUGAAGCAUCAGCUAAUGCAAGUAUUCAACAUAAAGCAAUAAGUUUCGAAGAAUUAUUUGCCGAUAGUAAAGAAGAAUUACCAUCAAAAUCAAUUGCACCAACUAAAAGUCGACUUGUUUUACCAUCAAUAACAACACGUCAACGAACACCAACAUAA